GCGAGAAAAGGCGAAGAAGAAUACGAACAUACUCGAGAAAAUUGAUUAGAUUUCGGCGUUGCGGCAGAGGCGACGACGUGAGCGAGGGUUUCCCGUUUAGGGUUUCGAAUCUCGUUUCCAGGCGAGGUUGUCGAUGCACGCCGGAGCUUUCCGGCUUCGCUCUAGGGGUUCGAGGCGCGCACGCGAGGUGGGGGGAGAUGCAUACGGACGCGCGGGUGGGGGUUGUGGUGGAGGACAGCAGACAGAGAGCUCUCUCGUCUGGCCACGGAGGUGGUGGUGUUGGUGAUGGGAAGCAAAUGUACUCCACGCAGCAGAAGAGCCAAACACCGAAGCAGCGCUUGCAGCACCAGCCGCAGAUCGGAACGGCGGAGCACCUUAUAGCUGGUGGCGUCGCUGGUGCUGUCAGCAAGACGUGUACGGCUCCUCUUGCUCGCCUUACUAUUCUUUUCCAGGUCCAAGGAAUGCACGCUGAUGUAGCCACUCUGAAGAAUGCAAGCAUAUGGAGGGAGGCUUCUCGAAUUGUUUCUGAAGAAGGUCUUCGAGCAUUUUGGAAAGGGAAUUUGGUGACAAUUGCUCACCGUUUACCAUAUUCUUCUCUAAAUUUUUAUACUUAUGAGCGAUACAAGGGUUUGUUGCAAAUGAUUCCUGGGUUAGAUAAGCGUAGAGAUAAUGUUGCUGCAGAUGUUUGUGUAAGAUUGUUUGCUGGUGGUUUGGCUGGAAUAACAGCUGCGUCAGCUACAUAUCCAUUGGAUCUUGUGAGGACACGUCUUGCAGCUCAGACGCGUACUAUGUAUUACAGGGGCAUGUCACAUGCUUUGUAUACAAUCUGCAGAGAUGAGGGCAUGCGAGGCUUAUACAAGGGAAUUGGAGCAACAUUAUUGGGUGUUGGACCUAGCAUAGCAAUUAGCUUUUCAGUUUAUGAAACUUUGAGAUCCUGCUGGCAAGUUGAAAGGCCACAUGAUUCUCCUGUAUUGGUUAGCUUGGCUUGUGGAAGUCUUUCUGGUAUAGCGUCAUCUACAGCAACAUUUCCGCUGGAUCUUGUGAGACGGAGAAUGCAGUUGGAAGGGGCAGGUGGAAGGGCACAUGUUUAUACUUCUGGCUUGAUUGGGACAUUCAGGCAUAUAGUUCGGAUCGAAGGAAUUCGAGGUUUAUAUCGAGGUAUCCUGCCUGAGUACUUCAAAGUUGUACCCAGUGUAGGAAUUGUUUUCAUGACCUAUGAAACUUUGAAAAUGAUCUUGUCAAGGAGAUCAACAGCUGAAUAAUGCACUGAACAUUGCCAUAUGCCUGUGGCACUGAUGCUACUGACUCAUUUUUUCAGUUCCAUUGGUACAAGAUAAAAUAGUUUUCAUCACAAAGGCAUCACAUGAUGGUGAGUUUUGCUGUUGACGCCAUGAAGGUUUUUGAUGUACAUAUAUUAUUUUUUUGUUCAAGUGCAAGUACAAGUCAGGUUACUGAUUACAGUUUCAUGGGUUUUCAUAAGCCUUGGUACCAUGCAGAACGGCUUAUAAAGAAAUGGAGUUCUCCUCUUUAUUUGUUGAUAUGUACAAUUUUGAUUCAUCAAUUGCACUGAGUAAUCAGGCAACGUUCUCCGUCC